CAGAGCAGGAGAGGGCAAAACGCUGUCGUUUUGUGUGGAAGAAGAUGAAGAAUCUGCCGAGCCGUACGAGAGACUGCGUCCAAGGCAAAAAGGCUGAACAAAUCCGAAAAGCCAAGAACCAAAAUCAAAAGAGAAAAAAAAAAGAAAAAAAAUAAACGAAGUGAGGUUGCAACGGUCGAAGCUCAAAAUCAUCUCGUUCUUCACGAGAAAGCCUCAAAACCCAUAAAUUUUUCUUUUUCCUUGUUCCCCCUUUUCUCCACUAUUUCUCUUUCUUCGAUUUCCCCCUUUCCCCCCUUCUUUUUCUCUCUCUGUUCAUCUUUUUUUCUCUUUUUUGUUAUUUGACUGAGGAGAGGAGAGCGAUGGGAGGGGGAAGUCCCAGAAAGAAAAUAAAGGCAAAGCGAAGAAGAUUCUGAGCUCCCAAAUGCCCUUUUCCUUCUUUUUCUUUUUACCCUCUAAACAAUGGCGGACGAUCCCAGUUUCUUGACCAAGGAAACUUUUAUUUUAAAGGUUCCCAAGAAAUCCCCAUUGAUGUUAAGGAUGAUUGUGUUAGUCUUUGCCAUGGUCUGUGGUGUAUUUAUAUGCUCAAUUUGCCUGAAGCAAAUUAGCACCAGCUCGAAGGUUGGAUUUUUGAAAGUCCAGGUGAUUGACAUGCCAUGUUCAAAGCCUCRUAUUGAUCCUUCAGACGUUCCUUUCGUGCACUUUCCUAAGCCUACAACAUUUAGCAGGGCUGAGUGCGCUUGCCACCCUGUUCGAUAUUUUGCCAUUUUGUCGAUGCAGAGAUCAGGCAGUGGUUGGUUUGAGACAUUAUUAAAUAAUCAUACUAACAUAAGCUCCAAUGGAGAGAUAUUCUCGGUUAAAGUUAGGAGAAGUAAUAUUUCAACCAUUGUUGAAACAUUGGAUAAAGUUUACAAUCUGGACUGGUUUAGUAGUGCCUCGAAAAAUGAGUGCACUGCAGCUGUUGGCCUUAAGUGGAUGCUUAAUCAGGGGUUGAUGCAGCACCAUGUAGAAAUAGUAGAGUACUUCAAACGUCGUGGGGUUUCUGCUAUUUUCCUAUUCCGAAGAAACCUCCUACGCAGAAUGAUCUCAGUACUUGCAAAUUCUUACGAUCGAGAUGCUAAGUUGUUGAAUGGAACUCACAAGUCUCAUGUGCAUUCACACCAUGAGGCAAACAUACUUGCAAAAUACAAGCCUGUAAUCAAUGCCACUCUCUUGAUACCCAAUUUGAGGCAAGUAGAAGAGACAACAACCAAAGCACUGGAAUACUUCAAGAGCACUCGGCACAUCGUGUUGUAUUACGAAGACGUAGUUAGUAACCGCACUAAAUUAAAAGAUGUUCAAAACUUUCUGAGGGUUCCACAGAGGAAGUUGAAGAGUCGCCAAGUGAAGAUACACCGAGGCCCGCUGUCGAACCACAUAGAGAACUGGGAAGAUGUCCAGAAGGCACUGCACGGAAGCCCAUAUGAGAGCUUUUUACUCGCAAACUACCGGAAAAGUAAAUGAAAGAUACUCGACAGGACAGAGGCAGGCAAGCUAAAGAAGAAGGCUGUAUAUAUAGCAUCCUCAGCAAGUGUUCAUCAUCAUUUUGUGCCACAAGUAUCACCACAGGAGGAGGAUAGAGCCAUCCUUAUUCCCUUCUGUUGCAAUUUUGGCUGUGGCACAGUCUGUUAUUUUUUAGCUUUAUUUUCUGAUUCUCUUCCUCUUUUUUUCCUUUUCUUUUUUUCUUCGAGUAAUAUUCAGUUCAUUCUUUGAUCUCUUUUCUUCUAUUUUGCACUCAACAUUUUUAACACCCCACUAAUCAUGAGAAAAGUUCACACAUAUAUAUAUUGAAAUAGUCUUUUAUUUUUGGAAGGGAAACUGUAACAAGAUCACAGGCAUUUUUAUUCCACCCGUUCUUGAAACUGACAAAAGUUCAUGGCUCGAUUGAUAAUG